GUGGUGGUCUCAAGGGAUUUUCCAAGACUAGAAUGGACCACUGUCUUGCAUCAAUCCAAAGAUAUGAAAAUGUUGAUGUUGAGGAACUUAUCAAAAUAAUUGAACCAAUUAAAGAGACAAUAAUUUCAUCAGAGUUUAAGACCGCAUCAUUAACAGAUUGUUUUAUUCAUUUAAUAAAACUUGGGAUGGCUGUGAAAAACUAUCCAACCAUAGAAAAGGCCUUAAAAUUGACAUUUUUAGGCAUAUGUCAUACAGCAAUUAAUUUCUGGAUUGAAAUGGGUGGAGGUAAAAAUUCAGCUAGCCAAUUAGUUGCCCAACUUUCAGCAUAUAAAAACUAUACAAAACCAUAUGAAUUUGAAUUUGUACAUGAUUUACAUACUAUAGAAAGUUGGUGGAACAUGAUUGAACAAAAAGAUAAUUGGAUCCAAAAAUUAGCUCUAAAAAUUCUUUUUAUAACACCACACAAUGUUCAUCAAGUAAUUGUGUUAAAGGCGGUAGAUCUUGACCUAAAAACAAUUUGUGAGGAACCUGGAGUCCAUGACCUCCCAAUUACCCCAUUGUUUGCUUCAUUUUGUGCUCUGUGUGUUACAGAAGCAGUGGCCACUGAUGACGAGUGUAAUUUUUUUGUUCUGGGAAAGAAAAUCUACAAUACGUUCACUUCCUCAAGCAAAGACGUUGAGAUCCCUUGUGUCUAUGACACCUCAAACCCAAGAUUUGCUGCAAUUGUGGAAGCAUCAAAAAAGGCACCAAUAUUUAGCGCUGCUGGAGAAUUGUUCAUAGGCAAGAACCUUGCACAAAUAAUUUGCACUGAUGUUGAUUGGGUAUUUCCAAAAGUGAAGAAUGAACAGGUUUUGCCUGGAAAAAGCAUGCGUAGGCAAAAGUUUCUGAGCAUAGAGGAGAAACAAGUAGUGGUGGUUGAUGACAAUGAAUCUCACAAGAAAGUUUGCACGGAGCUGAGUCCACCAAGCAGGCCUGUCACAAGAGCAAAAGCCUUACAAAUGACAAUGGAUCAA